AUGUCGUCAGGACUCCCGUCCGACGAAGUCGCGGAGGAUUACAAAAACUCAUUGGAAGACUUAACGACAAAUGACAAGUUCCAGAUCAGCAAUCUGACCGUCAUAGCUAAGGAGAAUACGGAACAUGCCAUGGCGAUAUCCCGAGUCUUGGAGAAUCAUAUUCGAACAACACCUCCAUCUCAAAAGCUACCUGCUCUGUACGUAGUCGACAGUGUUGUGAAGAAUGUAGGAACACCCUACACACUCUUCCUGGGCCGGAAUCUCUAUCAGACUUUCAUGAAUGCAUACACCUUGGUCGACCAGCAGACGCGGAGGAAGUUGGACGAGAUGCUCAAGACAUGGAAGGAGCCUGUUCCUGGUUCUCUAGAUCCUCGUCCUGUCUUUCCGGUUGAGAUUACUCGAAGCAUUGAGAAUGCACUGAUUAAGGCCAGAACGGCUGCACUUCAACAGCAGCAACGGAAUCAGCCACAAGAUGUACUGGCCAGGAGCCGGAGUUCUGCAGCACCACCGUCUUGGACGCAUACUCCUACGCCUCCACAGGGUGUACCAUACCGAUAUCCAUCUGCAAGUCAUGCCGUGAAUGGACAUCCGCAGGGACAUGGAUCAGAGUCACAUACACCUCAACAGGGUCAAAAUGUAGACCUUCCGGCAUUGCAUCGCGAUAUCGAGAACCUAAUUGGCAGUGCACGUGCUGAUUUCGCUGCUAGCCCCUUUGAUGUAUCGAUACAACAGCGUCUGAAAGCCUUAUUAGACCUUCAAGCAAUUCUGCAACGUCAACAGCUUCCUCCAGACCAACUCAAACUUGUCAGAGAUCAAGUUUCGGCCCUAGCUCCAGCUCCAAAACCCGCAGCAACUCAGCCAUUUCCUCAGUCAAAUGUACCUAUCCCGAAUAUCUCAACACCACCCUCUCAACCAAUCCCACAAGCAACACCUCAGCCCAAUUUGGCUGCAUUGCUAAACCCAAACACGCUUGCUAGUUUGCUUCAAGCAACAGCAAACCGUCAGCAAUCGACUCCCCCACCAGCCGUUGGUGGUAUUGUUCCCCAGACUCAACCAUCCGGUACUCCCCAACCUGCAACGGCGGAGAAUCCUCUCAUUGCAUCGCUUAGAGCACGGGGACUACUUCCUCCUGUGCCUAGUACAGCUACACCGCCAACUGGGGCUCCUCUUAGCCUUCCGUUGCUCGUUCCUGGACAGAUAGGAUAUACUCCGCCGGCAUCGGUUUCUACUCCGCAGAAUAUGACGGACAUUACGAUUAAUGUUCAUUUGAGUACGGCUUCUAUCAAGAUUCCUCGACCUGUGUUGAUAAACAGUCUUUAUGAUGCAAAGAGUAAUCGGUGUGGUACCUGUGGAAGACGGUUUUUAACUACAGAAGAAGGCAAACAGAAAAAAGCGCGGCAUUUAGAUUGGCAUUUCCGGACGAACCAACGCAUGACGGAUUCUAUCAAACGAGGACAGAACCGAAGUUGGUACGUCGACGAAAGAGACUGGAUUAAAUCACGAGAAUUCGACGACGACAGUGGCCUAGCAGGCACCGGACCCGGUAACGGCACCACCAGCACCGAAGAAGAAGCCGCAAAGAAACAACCACAAAAGCAAUGGAUCCGCGCACCGAACGAUGUGGCUCUACGCAAUGCGCCCUGUCCCAUCUGUCAGGAGAAAUUCGAGUCGACGUGGUCAGAAGAUGUCCAGGACUGGAUUUGGCAAGAUGCACUCAAAGUUGGAAAUCGGGUUUAUCAUGCUAGUUGUUAUGCGGAGGUUACCAAGGAUGGCUCUGCUACAGCUGCUCGUGCGGGGACUCCUUUAGCGCGUACAGGGACGCCGGACUCGGUGUUGGGGAAGAGAAAAGCUGAGCAUACGGAGUCACCUGGGUCCAAGGUGCGGAUUAAGACAGAACCGGUGUGA